GUCUCUGGUUUUAAGCUUUGGUGCCUCAAUCUCUGCUCCACAACAUUACACACUAAAGUUAUAAUUGUGGAUGUUGUUUGCGUCAAUUCAGGCCCGCCCCCCUUCUUCCCACUAUAAAUUCAUAAAGACUCUUCCUUUACUUCUUUCCCCCUUCUUCUCUUCUCCAUUUUCCUCUGUUUUUCCUUCCAAUUCCACGAUUUUUGUGCAUUCAGAUCUCAUUAUUUCGGCAGGGCGGAGAAAGGGAUGCGCCCUUUCGUCCCUUUCUAGGGUUUCUUUUCUUCGUUGCCUUUCCAUUGCUCUUUUCCCCCUCUUUUUUUUUUUUGUUUCCUCUUUUCGAUGGACGGAGGGGGAGGAACAUUCACGUCAAUCGACGCCUUUGAUUCCUUCCUCUUCUCUCUCAGCAAUGCCUUUUCUACUCCUCUCGCUCUUUUCAUUCAGAUCCAGGGAUGCUUAAUCUGCCUGAUUGUUGCAUUUGGGUGGGCUUGUGCUGCUUAUGUCAGGAAUAGAGAGAUUAAACGUAUAAAGGGGAGAGCUCGAGCUGGCAAUAGCUUUGCUUUUAUUUGCAACGACAUUAGUGAACUCGAGCACUCCAAUCAGGUCAAUUUACCUAGAGUGACUGUUAUUAUGCCUUUAAAAGGCUUUGGAGAACAUAACUUACACAAUUGGAGAACUCAGGUAACAUCCCUUUAUGGAGGUCCUUUAGAGUUUCUUUUUGUGGUGGAAAGUACGGAGGAUCCUGCUUACAAUGCUGUACUGCGCUUGCUAUCUGAUUAUAGGGAUGAUGUUGAUGCUAGAAUUCUUGUGGCUGGUCUAGCAACAACUUGCAGCCAGAAAAUCCACAAUCAGUUGGUCGGGGUGGAGAAAAUGCAUAAAGAUAGCAAAUAUGUGCUAUUUUUGGAUGAUGAUGUUAGGUUACAUCCUGGAACAAUUGGUGCUCUCACAGCUGAAAUGGAAAAAAACCCUGAUAUAUUUAUCCAAACUGGAUACCCGCUCGAUUUACCUUCGGGGAGUUUAGGGAGUUACUGCAUCUAUGAAUAUCAUAUGCCUUGUUCAAUGGGCUUUGCUACUGGUGGAAAGACAUUUUUUCUUUGGGGAGGUUGCAUGAUGAUGCACGCUGACGACUUUCGAUAUGAUAGUUAUGGAGUGGUCUCUGGACUACGAGAUGGUGGAUACUCGGACGAUAUGACUCUAGCAGCUAUAGCUGGUGCUCAUAAGAGGCUUAUUACAUCACCUCCUGUUGCAAUUUUCCCUCAUCCUCUUGCUAGUGAUCUAAACUUGGGAAGGUAUUGGAAUUACUUGAGGAAACAAACUUUUGUUUUGGAAUCAUACACGUCACACGUUAACAAGAUGAUGAACCGGGCACUGUUUACUUCUCAUUGCUAUCUGUCAUGGGGGUUUGUGGCACCAUACUUUAUGUCUAUGAUUCACGUCGCUGCAGCACUACGUUUCUACGUUAAAGGGUACUCACUCGAGGAAACAGGUUUUAGUACUGUGGGUAUGUUAAUGGUGUGCAGUCUUGCUGUGUGCACUGUUAUAGAACUCUUCUCAAUGUGGAACUUGACAAGGGUAGAAGUUCACUUAUGCAACAUUCUGUCACCGGAGGCUCCCCAGCUCUCUCUUGCUUCCUACAACUGGGGAUUGGUAUUCAUUGCAAUCUUGGUGGAUAACUUUUUGUACACUAUUUCUGCAAUACGUUCUCAUUUUUCUCAAUCAAUCAACUGGUCAGGCAUCCGAUACUACUUGAAAGAUGGGAAGAUACACAAGAUUGAAAAAAGUAUACCGAAAGUCGAUACGGGUCCGAUUUAUACGGAUUUGGGAGGGAAGCAUUUGUAUGGAAAGAAAGGAAUGGCUCCAAAGGUUUCAUUUCUGGGUUCCUUGGCUAAAAGUUUGGCACAAUGGCGCCAGCCUAAGAAAUUUGAUAGCUAGGAUAGGUGGUUGGGUUGUUCACAAGAAGUGCUAAUUAUUGAUAUGGCGUGUUCUAACUCUCUGGGAGUACUGGGCUGCCACUCCAUUUGUUGAUUGAACAUAGAGUUAUAGCUACUUUCUCUUCAUUCUUUUCUUUAUUCCAUCAAAUUUGAUUCUUGUACACCAAACACCUCUCGCGAUUUGGCAGUGAGUUUUUCCUGUUUCUUGUAAUUUCAAAUACACCGUGUAAACUUGAGCUGUGAAACAAUGAACUUGUGAUUUGCCAUCUUGUUUUCUGUUUGAAAUGAUAUGAAGAUUUUAGUGAA